UUAUUGACGUCAUUUGGAUAUUUUGCGAAUGUUUGAGAGUUCAAUGCUUGCAGGUGCGGAACGAGUAUCUUAUAAAGUGGCAGAUAUUACUCUUGCCGAAGCGGGUCGAAGGGAAAUAGAAAUAGCAGAAAAAGAGAUGCCUGGGUUACUUUUUCUUCGAGAACGUUACGGGGCAGAGAAGCCUUUGAGGGGUGCUAGGAUAGCUGGCUGUUUACAUAUGACUAUUCAAACUGCUGUAUUAAUUGAAACGCUUAUAGCUUUAGGAGCUAAAGUUACUUGGUCGAGCUGCAACAUAUUUUCAACCCAAGAUCACGCUGCUGCUGCUAUUGCCGCGGCUGGAGUCCCGGUUUUUGCUUGGAAAGGAGAGACAGAGGAAGAGUAUAUUUGGUGUAUAGAACAAACAUUGGUUUUUCCUUCUGGGGAACCUCUUAACAUGAUUCUAGAUGAUGGUGGUGAUCUGACUAAUUUAGUGCAUGAAAAGUUCCCCCAGUAUCUUCAAGGCAUAAGAGGGAUUUCUGAGGAAACUACCACAGGGGUACAUAACUUGUACAAAAUGUUGGCAGCCGGGAAGCUUAAAGUACCUGCUAUUAACGUUAACAAUUCCGUGACUAAGUCAAAGUUUGAUAACCUUUACGGCUGUCGUGAAUCUCUUAUUGAUGGUAUUAAACGCGCUACGGACGUAAUGCUGGCCGGGAAAGUAGCAGUUGUCGCUGGAUAUGGGGAUGUCGGGAAAGGCUGCGCAAUGUCUUUGAGUCGACUGGGCGCUCGAGUCAUCGUGACUGAAGUUGAUCCCAUCAAUGCUUUACAAGCGGCCAUGGAAGGCUACGAAGUGAACACAAUGGAAUAUGCCGCCUCGAAAGGGAUGAUAUUUGUCACUGCCACUGGAUGUUCCGAUAUUAUCGUUGGACGGCAUUUUGAGGAAAUGCAAGAUGACGCGAUAGUGUGUAACAUCGGCCACUUUAAUUGCGAGAUUGACGUGAGCUACUUAGAUAAAAAUGCUGUAGAAAAAGUUUUGAUAAAACCGCAAGUGGAACGUUACACAAUGAAGAAUGGCCGCCACGUUAUUGUGUUAGCGGAGGGGCGGCUGGUAAAUUUGGGUUGUGCCACGGGCCACUCGUCUUUUGUGAUGUCCGCUUCUUUCACAAACCAAAUUUUAGCCCAAAUGGAAUUGUGGAAUAAUGCUCAGAACUACCAGAUUGAGGUCUAUAUGCUGCCCAAGCAACUAGACGAACUGGUGGCACGUGCACACUUGGACAAACUGGGCGUCGUACUAACAAAACUUACCGAAAAGCAGUCAAACUAUUUAGGAAUUAGCGUAAACGGGCCUUACAAGGCUGAUCAUUACAGAUAUUAG